AUGGCCCUCCAGGUACAGAUGGUCCACCAGGUACAGGGGGACCUCCAGGAACAAGUGGUCCACCAGGUACAGGAGGACCCCCCGGAACAGGAGGACCACCAGCAACAGGAGGACCACCAGGUACAGGAGUCCCUCAAGGAACAGAGGGACCACCGGGAACAGAGGGACCACCGGGAACAGAGGGGCCACCAGGAACAGAGGGACCACCGGGAACAGGAGGUCCACCUGGAACAGCAGGGCCAACAGGAACAGGAGGACCACCAGGUACAAGUGGUCCACCAGCAACGAGUGGACCACCGGGCACAGGGGGAACACCAGGGACAAGUGGCCCACCGGCAACAGGAGGGCCACCUGGGACAGGAGGACCACCGGCAACUGGAGGGCCACCUGGAACUGGAGGGCCACCAGGGACAGGAGGACCACCGGCAACUGGAGGGCCACCUGGGACAGGAGGACCACCAGGGACAGGAGGAUCACAGGCAACUGGAGGACCACCUGGAACUGGAGGGCCACCAGGUGCAGGAGGACCAACAGGAACAGGCGGUCCCCCAGGAACCGGAGGUCCACAAGGAAUAA